AUGCGUACUCCUGGUAGUAUUGUUGUGGUUUCUGGUGGGAGUGCUGCGAAUAGUUUGGUGGACGUCUUCAAGAGUGUGAGCGCGGGGAGCCCUAUCUCGUAUAUUAUUGGUAUAUCAGAUAAUGGAGGUUCUACCUCGGAGCUUAUCAGGGUAUUUGGUGGUCCAGGAAUUGGCGAUAUCCGGAGUCGUCUCGUCCGUCUCGUGCCCGACGAUACCGAAGACGAAGAACGGCUUCGUAUCAAAGGUCUUCUAAACUACCGUCUACCUCCCUCUGCUGAAGCUGCCCGUCACGAAUGGAAUCUCAUCGUCGAAGGCACCCACCAAAACUGGGAUGGUAUACCUUCCGAAAAGAAGGAACUCCUUCGUAGUUUCUUUAUCCUCGUCGCCGGUGAAAUCACAAAACGUACCCGUCCAACCAGUACAUUCAAUUUCCAACUAGCUUCCCUCGGAAAUCUCUUCAUAACGGGAUGUCGUCUAUUCUUUGGAUCUCUUGAAUCUGCUAUCUUCUUGUUUCGUUCCAUAUGUGGUGUUCCCGAAUAUACUCACGUCAUACCCGCGUUAAACAGUAAUUUUAGCCAUCACAUUGCCGCCGGUUUGGCAGAUGACACUGUCAUUGCCGGUCAAAACCAGAUAUCUCAUCCUUCGGAAGAACCAGCGUCUAGUAACCAUCCCGUUCAAAUGACAGGGAACCAAGCGUUGCUGGAGGUAACAGCUCAACUCAAGAACUCGAGUAUAAUCCCUCGUUCCCCAUCCGGUCCCACAUUUGGUUCGACCACUCCUUUAAACCCCGGUUACUCCACUCCCGUAACGUACCUCCACGAUCACGAUGAAGUUGAAGAUGCAAAUUUACCGGGUUCCUUACCAGCCUUGAGGAGAGGGAAUAUAGUGUUUACGAAAGAGGAGGAAGCAGAGUUACCGGCUAGGAUUCAGAGGGUUUGGUAUAUCAAUCCAUAUGGACAGGAAAUUAGGCCACCAGCGAAUUCAAAGAGUCUAGCGGCUAUUAGAAACGCCGAGACUUUGGUUUAUAGUAUUGGGAGUUUGUACACGAGUAUUAUACCCUGCCUUAUCCUUCGCGGGAUGGGUGACGCAAUUGCUACAUCAUGCAAACACAAAGUCUUAAUUCUGAAUGGUUCAUUCGAUCGUGAAAUCGGACCAGGGACUACGUUCACCGCUCUCGACUUUAUAAAAGCCAUCGUGAGUGCUUGCACCGAAUCCCGGGGUAUCAUAGCCGGUGAACCUGGAUUCGAGCAAUUGACAGCCGAAGCUGAAUAUAAAAAAUAUGUCACUCAUGUAUUGUACCUUGAGGGAGACGAUGUUCCCAAGGUAGACACCGCCAAGUUUAAGAGUCUAGGGAUCGAAUGCUGGAGAAUUGCAGGGAAGAAAAAUGAGAAGGGGAGAGGAUGUUUGUUCGAGAUGGCGGGGUUGGGUCAGGCACUAGAUAUGAUUAGAGGCAGGAAACGGUCGCCAAAGCAGAGGAGGUCGACGGUUGAUUCGACAAGAAUGCAGUUUCUACCUGUCCUUGAAGCCUAG